UUAAAGCUGUGUCCAAGGAAGGUGUCUGUAGCAGCGCCUAGCAGGACCCUUCUGCUGCGUGUCACGACAGGAUCUGCAGUCAGGCACAGAGAAGUGCUGCGGCGCUGCCUGGGAGCUCCCGCUGUUCGCUGGAGAGCCAUCGACCUAGACAGGGAAUAAAGGCUCUGAAUAAACCCCAGGGACGUGCUGCUAACUGGAGACCACCAUGACGGACUCGAAGUACUUCACCACCACGAAGAAAGGGGAGAUAUUUGAGCUGAAAGCUGAACUGAACAGUGACAAGAAAGAGAAGAAGAAGGAGGCCGUCAAGAAGGUGAUAGCAUCCAUGACUGUUGGCAAAGAUGUCAGCGCUCUCUUCCCGGACGUGGUGAACUGCAUGCAGACAGACAACCUGGAGCUGAAGAAGCUGGUCUACCUCUACCUGAUGAACUAUGCCAAGAGCCAGCCGGACAUGGCCAUCAUGGCAGUCAACACCUUUGUGAAGGACUGUGAGGACCCAAACCCUCUGAUCCGGGCUCUGGCUGUGCGGACCAUGGGCUGCAUCCGUGUGGACAAGAUAACGGAGUAUCUCUGCGAGCCCCUGCGGAAGUGCCUGAAAGACGAGGACCCUUACGUGCGCAAGACUGCAGCCGUCUGCGUGGCAAAGCUCCACGACAUCAAUGCCCAGCUGGUGGAGGACCAGGGCUUCCUGGACACCCUUAAAGACCUCAUCUCAGACUCCAACCCCAUGGUAGUGGCCAAUGCGGUAGCGGCGCUCUCAGAAAUAGCAGAGUCUCACCCAAGCAGUAACCUCCUGGACCUCAACCCCCAGUCCAUCAACAAGCUGCUCACGGCCCUGAACGAGUGCACUGAGUGGGGACAGAUCUUCAUCCUGGACUGCCUGGCAAACUACAUGCCCAAGGAUGACCGGGAAGCCCAGAGCAUUUGCGAGCGGGUGACGCCCCGGCUGUCCCACGCCAACUCAGCAGUGGUGCUCUCGGCGGUGAAGGUGCUGAUGAAGUUCAUGGAGAUGCUGUCGAAGGACCUGGAUUAUUAUGGCACGCUGCUAAAGAAGCUGGCCCCACCGCUGGUCACUCUGCUCUCUGCAGAGCCUGAGCUGCAGUAUGUGGCUCUCCGCAACAUCAACCUCAUUGUGCAGAAAAGGCCUGAGAUCCUGAAGCACGAGAUGAAGGUGUUCUUUGUGAAGUACAACGACCCCAUCUAUGUCAAACUGGAGAAGCUGGACAUCAUGAUCCGUCUGGCUUCCCAGGCCAACAUUGCUCAGGUGCUGGCAGAGCUGAAGGAGUACGCCACGGAGGUGGACGUGGAUUUUGUAAGGAAGGCAGUUCGGGCCAUCGGCCGCUGUGCCAUUAAGGUGGAGCAAUCAGCCGAGCGCUGUGUCAGCACCCUGCUCGACCUCAUCCAGACCAAAGUCAACUACGUGGUGCAGGAGGCCAUUGUCGUCAUCAAGGACAUCUUCCGCAAGUACCCCAACAAGUACGAGAGUGUCAUUGCCACUCUUUGUGAGAACCUCGACUCCCUGGACGAGCCUGAGGCCCGGGCUGCCAUGAUCUGGAUCGUGGGAGAGUACGCCGAGCGGAUCGACAAUGCCGACGAGCUGCUGGAGAGCUUCCUGGAGGGCUUCCAUGAUGAGAGCACCCAGGUCCAGCUGCAGCUGCUGACGGCCAUUGUGAAGCUGUUUCUGAAGAAGCCCACCGAGACACAGGAGCUGGUGCAGCAGGUGCUGAGCUUGGCCACGCAGGACUCCGACAACCCUGACCUGCGGGACCGUGGCUACAUCUACUGGCGCCUGCUCUCCACUGACCCCGUGGCCGCCAAGGAGGUGGUGCUGGCGGAGAAGCCCCUCAUCUCCGAGGAGACGGACCUGAUCGAGCCCACACUCCUGGACGAGCUGAUCUGCUACAUCGGGACGCUGGCCUCCGUCUAUCACAAACCUCCCAGCGCCUUCGUGGAGGGGAGCAGAGGGGUGGUGCACAAGAGCUUGCCCCCACGAACGGGCUCGAGUGAGAGUGCUGAGAGCCCCGACACAGCCCCCUCGGGCGUGCAGGCGGCAGAGCAGCCGGCUGUCAUCCCCACUCAGGGCGACCUUCUGGGUGACCUGCUGAACCUGGACCUGGGCCCGCCGGUGAGCGGGCCUCCCCUCGCCACCUCUGUGCAGAUGGGCGCUGUGGACCUCCUCGGAGGUGGCUUGGACAGCCUGAUGGGGGACGAGUCGGAAGGGCUGCGAAGCGAUGUGGGAGGCAGCCCUGCCAUGGGUGGCAGCAACACCUUUGCACCAGCGCCCAGCACCACGGUGCCUACGACCCUGGGGGCACCCCUUGGCAGCGGCCUGGGAGACCUCUUCGACCUCACCGGUGGGGUGGGGACCCUGUCAGGAUCCUACGUUGCACCCAAAACGGUGUGGCUCCCCGCCAUGAAAGCCAAGGGGCUGGAGAUUUCUGGCACCUUCAGCCGGCAGGUGGGCUCCAUCUCCAUGGACCUUGUGCUAACGAACAAAGCCCUGCAGGUCAUGUCUGACUUUGCCAUCCAGUUCAACCGCAACAGCUUUGGCCUGGCCCCAGCAGCUCCCCUCCAGGUCCACGCUCCUCUUGCCCCCAACCAGUCCGUGGAGAUCUCCCUUCCGCUGAACACCGUUGGCUCUGUCAUGAAGAUGGACCCCCUGAACAACCUCCAGGUUGCAGUGAAAAACAACAUUGAUGUCUUCUACUUCAGCACCCUGUACCCGCUGCACAUCCUCUUUGUGGAGGAUGGAAAGAUGGAGCGGCAGAUGUUCCUGGCCACUUGGAAGGACAUUGCCAAUGAGAACGAGGCCCAGUUCCAGAUCAAAGACUGUUCUCUCAACGCAGAUGCCGUUAGCAGCAAGCUCCAAGGCAGCAACAUCUUCACCAUCGCCAAGAGGAAUGUGGAGGGCCAAGACAUGCUCUACCAGUCCUUGAAGCUCACCAACGGCAUCUGGGUGCUGGCAGAGCUCAGGAUCCAGCCCAGCAAUCCCAGCUUCACGGAUUUGGAGUUGUCCCUGAAAUGCCGUGCGCCAGAGGUGUCCCAGUACGUCUACCAAGCCUACGAAACCAUCCUGAAGAACUAAGGUGCUGCCGUAGCCCCUUUGUCCUCCUCUCUGCCCUUUCCUGCCUGAGGAAGUGGGGCAGGACCCGUGUGCAUGUCUCCUUUCCAUCCUGCCAAGGAACCAGCCCCUGGGCAUCUCCCUCCAGCCCCAGGGCCCUGAAAACGGAGCCAGUGCUCCCAUGUCCGGCGGGGCUGGGGCGAGCGGAGGAGGGCAGGGGCACCCUGGCCAGUUCCUGCAUCCCUCUAGAAAUCUGUGUGUGAGUGAUGCGGUGUCCUUGCUGAUGUUGCCCUGUCAAGAGCCCUCUUUCACUCUCUGGGUCCCUGUGACUGCUUUUUUUUUUUUUU